UGUACCCGCGAGUUUGUUUGUGGGCUUCUUCUCUAGUGGACUUCACAGGAUUUUCCACUCUCAAUUCCUCGCCGCUAGUUGCAGGGAUCGAACCACUAACCCCCGUGUGCAAAGAGGGUCCCAAACGCCAGCAGAGAUGCCACUUAUGAUGGACCCGCUGUUUUCCGAGGGAGCGGAGAGCCCCACGUUUAGUGACAGCUUCGAAGACCGCUCGUCCUACCUUGAGCAGGUGUGGCUGGAUAUGGACAGUCUGCUGUACGAAGACGUCCCACCGUUUGAGAGCCCAUUGUACAAGUCCGGAGUGAGCAGCGCGUCGCCGAGCGGAGGGUUAUCGGAGGACUGUUGGAGCGACCCCGAGACAGAGCUGGGCGUGCCCGCGGGUGUUGAGUACAAGUGCGAAGUCAUGUUGAAGAUCAAGAGAGAAGCAGACGACGAGACCGUAGCCUGUAAGCGGCUGCGGAGGGAGUCUACGGACGCCGGGUCACCAGCGUCACCGCAGUCGGCUAAACUCGAGAGCGACGCCGCCAGCGAUUCCGGCAUCUCUUCGACGGGAGGGAGUGUCAUCGCCCCCGAGACCUUCAUGACCACCAACCCCCACCCUGCGCACGAGAACCUGAAGAGAAAUGUCUUACAAACAGCAUUCAACAGCGUGUUGGAAGAAAUCUUCAACGAUCAGUCCAGUCAACUCACCGAAACGACGGACCUGAUUCAGAAAGCGCUGAACAGUUGCGAUAUGGAGGGACAUGACAUGAGCGGAGCUUCCCCGACUGCUGCCCCCGCCCCUCCCCGGCAGAUCACCAACACAAACACCGCCUUCUCGGCCGAGCAGAAAGCCAGCGGGCUGCCGCAAGAUCUGAGCGAACUCUUGGAUUUCGACUUCAUCUUGAACGCCGGGGUCCCCACACAAGGCACGCAAAACAGCUACCCCAACUCUACAUGGUUUUCACACAACUUUCCUUCGUUUUCGACGGCGCAAGGACAACAACAACAACACGUCCCGACUACGCAAGCCUACAGCAACACUUCCGCGGUUGUUCCCAAGUCUGAGGGAAUUCACCCGGCCAACUUUUUCCCCCAGUCGCAACAGCAGACCACUCAGAGGCCCAAGCUCUUGCCCCUCUCACAACUUCAAAAACUGAAGGAGCUACAAGAACUUAGUAAGAUCGCAAGCAACCGGCAAGGUGCUCGGCAAACGUCGCCAUACCAUCACCAACAGAACAACAUGUCCCCGCCCACAACACCGGAGAGCGAGCUGGCAUCCUUCGGGGCGCAGCGCCACCCUACACCGAGCAGCCAGUCGUCAAGCAAGGCAUGGGGAGUCAUCAACUUCCCCGCCUCAUACGGACGGCAAGGCGUGGACAAGAACGGGCACCCGAUGUCCCAAACCAUGCACAACAUGCAUAACAUGGUCAUCACGCCGCCCUCCUCGCCUCUUGUGGAUCUCCUAGGCGGGAGCAAGUCGUGUGCCUCCGUCAUACUACCUGAGGAGAAGCCAAAGAGGCAGCGAAGACGGUGGGCCAAGAACAACGGGCAGAAGCCGACGCACACUUGCCAGUACCCCGGCUGUGGGAAGGUGUACACCAAGUCUUCUCACCUCAAGGCGCACACAAGAACACACACAGGAGAGAAGCCGUACCAUUGCAACUGGGAAGGAUGUGGAUGGAAGUUUGCCCGGUCGGACGAGCUGACCCGCCACUACCGCAAACACACGGGAGUCAGGCCCUUCCAAUGCCAACUCUGCGACCGCUCCUUCUCCCGAUCUGAUCAUCUCACCCUCCACAUGAAAAGACAUAUGUAAACAUAAAGCAAUCUUAUAUACAUAUUAUAUCUAUACAUGUUUCUAUAUAUUCAUGUUAAAUGUUUGUUACCACUUCAUGCCAUUGUUAUAUGCCCAUUACGAAAAUUGUCUACUUGCCUUUAUAAUUAGCAGACACCAUUAUUGUUGAUGUUGGAGUUGAACUGAUAUGUUGCUUUAAUCUCCGUAAGAAAGUCUCUACGUUUAAGACGCGUGAUGUUAAAACUUAAACUGUGGAAAGAUUUUGUCGUUGGGAAGAUGACGGUGCUUUUUUUAACGUAAGAAACAAGGGACCAAUGAAGCCAGUGUUUAGGCUAGAACAACGCGCUAAGGAAAGUGCCAAAAAGGAGAUAUGUUUUUUAAAGAAAGAAAUUAAGAAAUUGUGAAAAGACAAUCACAUUCGGUACCCCCUCCUAAAUGCAAUAUACCAAAAAGUAAGAUAUGUACAGCUUUUAAAAAGUGCAGGCCACUAUAUGAAUCUUUAAAAUGCUUUACUGCUAAAUGCUUAGAUACUGUAUAGAUAGACUACUUGUACAUAUUCUAUGUCAAUUAUAGAUAUUCUUUAGAGCUUCUUUUUUAUAUCUCAGGAAAAUAUUUCCCUGAACGAGCCAUUUCUUUUUAAGUUUGGUGACGGGUUCUUAGAUUGAAAGUUGGGAAAAAUGGUCCUUUGUAAAUAAGAUGUAAAGACCAUUGUAAGAGGUACAAGUCACGGAGAUUUGACAUCAAAACAUCGUAGAUAAAAAAGAAGUUUAUUCAGGUGCUAUGUCAGUCAUUGCAACGAAGGUGGCAUCUUUUUUCUUUAAAAAAUUCAACAAGUGGUCUUUUAAAAAUUGAUGCGAGUACAUUCAAUAUAAAUGUUGUCAUUUCUGUUAAAUAAUGUUUGCAAUGACGAGAAAAUAUGCUUGCUUGAAUCAGACAGGUACUUAGCAUGAUAAGAUCUUACAAAACUGUUAAUUACAUGAAUACCCAGUGUCAGUUUUGCUAUGCAAGUCCGUAGUAUGUAAAUUGGGAUCAAUGGAAAGAUAGAAUACAAUAAUAGUUAAUACAGCUAUAUUUAGCGGUUUACGUGCUUACGAAGCUCAAAUUACGAUAUGUACUUAGCGAUAUCAAUUUGUAUAUUGCUUUUAUGCUGGUUAUGAUAAUUUGUAUGUUGUAAAUAUUUUAUAAAGCGCUGUCAUUUUUGAAAUGUCUGUAUGAACGUACGCAUGUAAGAACGAUGUAGAGAAUGAUGUAAUAUAUGCGAUGAAAAGUACAAAAAAUCUUAAAGCCUUGGGUAGAAAAAGCGCAUGAAGAAUGCCUGAAGAAAUGGAAAACAAAGCCUUAUUUGUAAGUCCUGUGCCUUUUAUCAAUAAAAUAUUUAACGAA